GAGCUUGUCUUUCAAACCACAAAUCCCUAUAUUCAGCCUCUCUGACCUACAUUGAUGACGUGCUUUUUGCGCGCCUCUCUUGACUCAAACAGAAGAGACAGUGGAUAAACGAUACUUUAAUCCUCAAAAUCGCUAAUUAUAUUAUCGGUGAUGUCUCAACAACCACAACAAACGGUACCUUCCGCCCCCGACUCCCCUGCGUUGGUGGUCACCUCAAACGUGCAGAAAUAUGCCAUAAAGAAAAAGAAGGUCCUCAACGCUGAAGAGAUGGAGUUGUACGAGCUCACGCAGGCAGCUGGCAUCACUGUGGACCAAGAGGUUUUCAAGAUCAUAGUGGACCUGUUAAAGAUGAAUGUGGCUCCUCAGGCUGUCUUCCAAACGCUGAAGGCGAUGUGUGCAGGUCAAAGGGUGGCUGAAAACAACGGAGGGGAAUCUGUAACUGUCCCCCAGACGACAAGCGGCACCACAGGACCGUCGGAGGCCAGAGAAGAGGAUUCUUUGAUGUCUGGAAAGAGCUCUAAGCCUCCUGCAGCUCCUCCCUCAGCAUCGGGCCCCAAAGCCACAAGGGUCAACACUAAGAUUGUGGUCUACGGCCCCCAAGACACUAGCUCUCCUCACGCUCAAGUGCGCAGUAAGGCUGCAGCGAGCCACAGCGAGAAGAGCCGAGAGACCUCCAGCCAGCGAGUGCAGCGGCAGCCCAGUGCCACCAGAGGCCAGAAGACCAAGAGCUCCGGCAGCAGCAGCUCGUCCUCGCAGAUCAACUCCACCUGAAGCUCAGCUCAGUGCGCUGAGUGGACUGAACAGCUGGACCGUCUUUCUUCUCUUGAAUGGCUGAUAAUACGAUCAGAACCUCGAGGUUAUUCUGAGAUGGCAGUGGAUGAAGUGUCACUUCUAAGAAUGCUCACACGGCUAUUGAUCCGCUGCUCUCACGGCCUUUUGUGAUGGUAUAAGAUGAGCAUGUGUUUUUAAGGGGAAUAAAUGUGAUGCCUGCGUCUCCUAUCACAUGGGGGCAGCAGAAGCACACUGUCGGGCAGCUUUUCACCCAACGUGCCCAAAUCUUUUCAGGAUUCGCUAUGAAUGAAAGUGAAUUUGUGCAUUCUGUCUCCCUUUUUCUGUGCAUUUGGAACAAAGCGUUUCUCAUUCACAAACGCGCUGGCCGUGUAUUUGACGCAGAGCCACGGCGAGAGCGGGGUGAUGCUGCUUUGUGGUCUCUCCGGCUGCGGGUCUUUUAUGUGGCCGUUUGUCCUGUUUAUGUGCUCUCGCCUCUCCUCUCCUCUGCGCUCUGCAUUGAUGGCAGCGUGCCUGUAAUUGAUGGCACCAUAUUGCUGUGGUGUAGCAGGUUUAAUGGGGCUUGACAGAGCAAGGGAAAGCAGCGUGCAACCAGGGGAGGGAACUUAACCCUUUCGCUCACCCACCCUCCAGCCGCGUCCCUCCCCGCUUCUCCACACGCCAGCCUCGCCUGUAUCUCGGCUCUCGGGGCCCUCCUCCUGCACACCAGUGCAUGCAAAUGAGAAUACAAACAGGCCCUCGGUUAUUAGCUUUGUUUACGAUUCCUACUGUUAUCAGUGGUCAUGGUAAUGGCAGUUUGGUUCAUGAUCAAGGAAGCUCAGACACCCCUCUGACUCCACUUCCCAAAAUAAAUACUCAGCAGCUGUUGGUGCUUUCUGCUGUUUUGCUUGGAGGAGCCUAAAUGUGUUUGACGAAGGUAAACGGUUGGGAAUUUAUUCCUUCGUAUUUGGAGCCAGACUGUGGUUCCUGACGUGACCCAUAGGGGCCAGUGUGGGUCCAAGCUGCCGGCGUGGCCUUCCCCUGCCUCGGAUUUCCACUGGCAUCCACUCCAGCAUUUCGGAUGUGUUUAUUUUGUUAUGAGGGAAUUUCAUAGCCAGUGCAGACUCUUCCAUUAAAUAGAGAGCGUUAUCCUUCACUCAGAAGCACAGCGCACACUCGCAGCAUGUGAAUUCUACAGUCGCGCGUGUGCACGGUGGAUGCGCCAUUAAUCAGUGGAGACAAUGAAAUGAUGCCAUUGUGAGGCGAGCGGCACGUUGAGGAACGAGCUAGUCAGAGCUGUUGGCAAAUCAUUAAUGUAAGGCGUUGGUCUAAACCAAGUUCUCACACGCUUUCUGUGCAAGCUGUUCCCAGGUGACAAAAACUGGGGAGAGGCACUAUUUUAAGACCUGGUAUCACACCUCUCGCUCUGUUUUUUUGCCCCCAUCACUUCUAUUCCCUCCUGAAUUUCAUUCUCUGUGAGAGCACUUGGUUGGGGUGUGGAGGAAUAUCAUCCUGUUUUCCUUCUCUUCUCCCGGGUAUUAACUCUUAAUCCGCGUUUCUCUCCAAAUUUAUAGGCCGCGUUCCCUCACUUGUUGUCUCUCCACACUGGCUCCCUCCCCCUUGGCCCAUCUCCUUCCAUCUUCGCGACGCCCUCCUCCCCUCCGCUCCCCGCCGUCACCCUCCUCGCCAGGCUGGCUGCAGAUUGGCUAUUUCCUGCACGCGCCCAGUAGAGCCCUUAUCAGAGGUAGAGUGCUGAUUGUUGGUCUGUCUCUCAGGCUGACUGACAGUUCGGGCUGCGCUGCUGAAAUGCCUGAUUUGGUCAAUGUUUGUCUGUGGGGCCUUAUCUCCACACCUUAUAUUAACUGCCUUGACAGUAUGUGCAGGCAGUCGCUCUCCAUCUUGUUGCACCUCCUCCCCACCACCGCCUCCCUCCAUCCCUGUCUCUAUCUUCUGCUUCUAUACUCUCUGUUACGCUCUAUAGUCUUUCAACCAGCGACUAAACGUUUUUCCUCCCGAUCCUCCUCUUCCAUCAUUCUUCCUCUUGUAGACGGAUCAUCAUCUUGAGCACCAUAAACGUCACUUUAUUUCUUAUUUGGAAUUUUUUUUGGCCAAAAGCAGAAAUGGAGCUGACAUCCUUUAAAGCGUUGCUUCAGCCACAUGACAAAAAAGACCUCGGACCUGACCCUGCUUCAUGUUUAUAUAUGAACAUAAAUGCAACAAACAUCUCAUAUUUUGAUGGAAAACACAAUAUGAGAAUUUCUAGCAAAUUUAUGCAUGGCUAAUCUUAUGGGUGAAGCCAUAAUAUCCACUAGAAAUAUUAAUAGCCUCUAAAUCUUUAGUUCCUUUAAUGCAUCAUAUUUUAUUAUUGUUGGACCAUUGGUUUUUACUUAAACGGUCCAAAACUACCUCGGAAAUCAUCAAUUGUAAAAAUAAUAAAAAGAAAAACCUUGACGUAUAUUAAAACUCAAAACAUAACAGAUAACUGUUAUUUAUAUAAAACAAAUUUGCGACUCCUAUCACUUUCUUCUGUGAAACAUUCAAGAAUUCUCAGUUAUGUUUGAAAAGGUGCGAGAUGGGGAGAAAAGAUAAAAUACGACGCCAGAUGCGUCCGAAAUCCCUAAAAUGUCGGCGAGUUCACAUUUGAUCAUGCAUCAAGCUUCAACGUUUCGUUCCCUGUGUUCCAACUGCUGAUUUAAAGCUAAUCAAGUGGUGAUUGUGCUUCUGCGAUGACAGGAAUCUGUGCUGUUAAAUCUGGAUGCAGCAGAAAACGCCAAGGACAUGAUUUGAUUUUCCACAGUUGCAGCUUCAGUUGAACAACAAAGAAAUUUAUCUCUAUUAUGUUUUAGUGGAACAAGGAAUCUUCGCAAAUACCGCCUGAAACUAUCAAACGAUCAUCAGUGAGAGAGUUGAGCGCUGGACUCUUGGCUUUAGGUCUUUUACUGGAUUUGAACAAAAUAUCCCGAGUCUUAUUUGAUGGUGUCCUGCGUUUUAAACAGUAGAGUCGGACACCUCGGCAGCCUGGGGCAACGUUCUAUGAUUGCUUUUAAGAAUGGUGAAGCAAAAACAUUGCCCAGUCAGAUAAAUCGGAGGCCUGAUGAUUGACAGCUGGUUGCAACGCUGUCCCUGACUCAUCAUACAAUGAGGCCUGACCCAGCUGAAGCUCCUGGACCAGCUGCAGUGUCCGCCUCACAUGGAUGCUUCUCUCUGUGUCCAGGGUGUUUGAGAAGCAGAGCCAAUAAAGAAAUGACAAAAUGCUCAAAUAGUUCAGAUUGGGAGCGGAGGCUCCUUUCCGUCGGCCCGCCCGCCCGGCACCAGGGAGCAGGAAGUGUUUGCUGCUCCGUGCUCUGCUUCAGAGGAGCUCGGUGCUUUGUAAUCAUGCUACCGGUGCUGCAGCCACAACACUUGUGAUUUCAGCAGUACGUGUUGUGUCCUGCUGGCCUCCUGGGGACCAACCCCCCCCCUCCCUCCAUCACCCACCAGAUUUCCCCAGGUACGGCUGCAUCUGACGUGCGUAAUUGAGUAACUCCAGACAUGUCCAGAGUUGGAUGUUACACGUGUGUAAAAGCAUUUUUUUACCUCAUACAUUCACAUACGUAUACAUACAUAUACAUUCAUACAUACACCGAACGCUCUCAGAGCUGUUACUUUCCGUAAAGCAGCACAAACCGACAGAGACUGACGAGGCAGACGCGGCCUCUUAAGCAGCGUGCGUCGUAUUUAUUCACGUCAUUUGCACAGGGCUGCUCAGUCCGUCUGUUAAUGGCAGCUGUGGGAGCGAGCGGAGUUCGCUCUCACUCGGACCCCCGUUGUGUGGCAGGCUGUCAGGUUACACGCAAAAUAUUUCACAUCACUCUCUCUUUUUCCGGCUGUAGCAGUUAAAUACAUCAACAGUUAUCAUCUAAGUGUAUGAGACACGGCACAUUAGCACUUCAACUCCUCUGCAGUCAACAAGUGGGGAGACUUAGGAGCCUAAAAGCCACUAGUCUGUUAUCUGUACUGGCUCUGAAGGGCAGUCACUUUCUGGAAAUAAAAAAGAAAUAAAAUCACUUGUAAAGGGUUUUUUGUCACCUACACAAUAAAAUAGUUUAACUAAGUAAACAAAACGUCCAAAUCAUAAAAAUGUCAGUUCAGAAAUAUUCAUGUGUGGAGGUGUUAUGUUGUUGGUCUCAUGACCUCUGAAAUAAUCCAACGUGCUGGAUCUGUACAUUGUGCAUUCAAAGUGCUCUGUGCUCUGGUAACAGGCAGCUGCUUAAAGAAGCAGAAGCAGCGAUGCACAGUGUUGUGGAUUAUGAGCUGCUAAUUGUUGACAAAAGAAUAAACAUGGAAGAAACGAGGAGUUUAAUCAUUUCCCAAUUAAGACACUUCCAAAGGUGUUUUGCGAGCAUGUGUGUGUUACCGUGCUCCAAAUUCCUUUUAAUUAAGGCACAGGCAGAGGUUACUCGUCUAUCUUUGUCUUGGUUGUAUUUCCUGAAUUUUCUGUACUGUCUUUCAACUGGGAGGAUUUUAAUUGUCUUUAAUUAUGCGUAUUUAAUUAAUACACCUUCAGUUUAUAGUUUAGGAACUUUUAAACCUCCCAAGUUCAAAUCAUUUCUGGAUUUCUUUUCUUUUUUAAAUGCAUUUGUUUGCUUGUGUGAUGAAAUUAAUACAAGUAGGAGAACAAACAACAAUUAAAAGCUAUUUAUAAGUUAACUUUUUGCAAUACAUAGUACUCCAUGAUUCAAAUGUUUAUCUGUUUGUUGAUUGUUGAGAAGAAUUGUUUUGUUUUGCUGGUGGUGUGUGUGUGUGUGUGUGUGUGUGUGUGUGCGUGCGUGCGUGCGUGCGUGCGUGCGUGCGUGCGUGCGUGCGUGCGUGCGUGCGUGUGUGCGUGUGCGUCUGUCUGAAUGAGUGGCUGCAGAUAAAGAGACCGCGGUCCUGCAGGACAGCAUCCCCCUGAGGAUCCGCUGUAUGUCACGUCAUGUCACCGCUCUGACUCGCCGACACUAAACCAGCAGUAUUUGCAUGUGUAAAGACAGAUUGUGUACAUUGUUGGCCACAGGCAUGUAGGUGCGUGUGUAGCCUGUGAUCCUGUGAUGCUCGGACCGCGACAGGCUGCUGUCUGCCGGCCCAUUGUGUUGGCUCCCUGGAAACGUGCCAGCCCACUCAGGAAAUAAUACAAGGCGCGCGUAUGUCCGUCAAGCGACGUGGCCAGAGUCACGUAAUUACCCUGUAACAUGGCGACUAUUUACAUAUGGUGUGGAGGUUAAUGCCACGUUCAUUCAGCUCUUUGUGCCUCGGAGCCGGAGCGUGUCCAGGCCGCUGCCCCUGAUCUAAACAUUUGCAAUUAAUUUGAGGCUUGACAGUUCUUUAAUACAGGUUGUGGCAUCCUGGAGUCUGAGCGAUGCGCUUUUCAAUCGAGCUCCGGUCACUUUGGAAGCAAUCAAUCCUCUGGACAGACACCGCACUACACUGUACUUCACUGUAAAUACUGUGGUGUGGCUCCAGCACGUUUUGCCUCAGUGCUCAUCAAUAGUUUAACAAAAGUCGAUCUCAGAAGAUGAUUGUGUGGAUGGAGCAGGGCACGAUUUUAGGGGAGAUGUGUCACUAAAAUGACAUAAAAUACAUAAGUGUACGAAUCAUGUCAACAACUGGUGAAGGUGCAAUAUGAGCAGAACCUUUGGGAUGAAUGAGAACCUUCGCGGGCCUCGCUCUGCUGCCGCGAUGUUCACAUUAGAUUGUGAAAAAUCUCCAAACUCGCAGGUCGCGUUGCAGACCCUUUUUUUUCCUUUACUUCUUCUUCUUUUACAUUUUCACCUGCUCCUUCUGUCUCCUGACUUUCCAUGUAUGAAAGAAAAAAGAAAAGCUCCCAUCCUGUCACUUGCCGCCCGCCAGCACCCUCAUAUUCUGUCGCACUCCCUCUAUCUCUGCCCCCCUGCCUCUAUACACUAACCCCCCCACCCCCCUCCCCCUCCCCCUCCCGCUCGCUCUCUCCCUCUUGCAUUUCCCCUGGCAGGCUGGUGAUUGACACUUACAAAUUACCCGGCGGCAGUGGCAUUGUGUGUGACCCCUCUCUCUCAUCUCCAGCCCGCCGCCGUUUUGUCAUCUAAUUACUGUGAAUCCCCGGCCUGCUCCCCACUGCUGCAUUUUUAAUACGCCUGCCCGCCGCCCCUCCUCACGCUCUCGUUCUCCCUCCAGCUCUCGCGCACGCCCCCCCCCCCCCCCUCCAUUCACCUGCAGCCUACUUUACCUGCAUCUCUGUCCAAUACUUGGAGUGCAACCAUCGUGUCUAUAUCCUCCCGUGCACCCUCCGAGUGUUUUCUCUCCACCGCCUCCAUUAUCACACCAUCACCUCUCCUGCCUCCUCUCUCUGCUCUCCUCCUCUCGGUGGAGUGUCACUCCAUCCCACACACAGACCAAUCCAUGUCAGUGUCUCUGUUUGCUUUCAGUUUCCACUAGUAGCAUUAAAAUGUUUGGUAAACAUGUCCUAUUCUUACAUGAUCAAUAAUUAUUUUUACCUGCUGUCUAUUAUGUCUAAAACCCCUAAUGAUUAGAUUUUCAGUCAUUUAGUGAUUUGUGCUUUAUUAAGUGUAUGUGCACUGCAAAAACUUCAAAUAUAUAUUUUUCUACUCGGCUCAAA